CAGAUCAACAUGGUUAGCCGAACCGAGCAUCCUGCUGGCGGAUACAAAAAGCUUUUUGAGACAUGUGAGGAGUUCGCUGAGCCCACACCUGCCCAAGUCACUGGGGAAAUUCCAGCAUGGCUACAUGGCAGUCUGCUUCGUCUGGGCCCUGGACUCUUCGAGAUCGGAGAUGAACCCUUCCUCCACCUCUUUGAUGGCCAGGCACUCAUGCACAAGUUCGACCUGAAGGCUGGGCAUGUCACUUAUUAUCGCAAGUUUAUCAGAACGGAUGCUUAUGUGCGUGCUCUGACAGAGAAAAGGAUUGUGAUCACUGAAUUUGGCACUGCAGCCUAUCCAGAUCCUUGCAAAAACAUCUUCUCCAGGUUUUUCACUUACUUCCAAGGCAUUGAAGUAACAGACAACUGCCUAGUGAAUGUGAUCCCAAUUGGUGAAGACUUCUAUGCUUGCACAGAGACCAACUUUAUUACCAAAGUAAAUCCAGACACACUGGAAACAAUAAAAAAGGUAGACUUGUGCAAUUAUGUCUCAAUCAAUGGUGCAACUGCACAUCCACACAUUGAACAAGAUGGCACAGUGUACAACAUUGGAAACUGUUUUGGGAAGAAUUUGUCAUUGGCUUAUAACAUUGUCAAAAUCCCCCCAUCACAGAAAGACAAAUCUGAUCCAAUUGAAAAGUCCAAAGUUGUGGUGCAGUUCCCCAGCAGUGAGAGAUUCAAGCCAUCUUAUGUUCACAGCUUUGGUAUGACAGAGAAGUACUUUGUGUUCGUUGAGACCCCGAUAAAGAUUAACCUCUUGAAAUUCUUGAGUUGCUGGAGUAUCACAGGGACAAAUUAUAUGGACUGCUUUGAGUCAAAUGACAAGAUGGGAACAUGGUUUCAUUUGGCUGCCAAACAUCCUGGAGAAUAUAUUGGCCACAAAUUCAGGGCAUCUGCCUUCAAUCUCUUUCAUCACAUAAACUGUUAUGAAGACCAAGGUUUCAUAGUGGUGGACCUGUGCACCUGGAAAGGGUACGAGUUCGUGUAUAACUACUUGUACUUGGCAAACCUAAAGCAGAACUGGGAGGAGGUGAAAAAAACUGCAAUGAGAGCACCACAGCCAGAAGUACGAAGAUAUGUGCUUCCUCUAGACAUCUACCGGGUAAGAUAUGUGCUUCCUCUAGACAUCUACUGGGUAAGAUAUGUGCUUCCUCUAGACAUCUACCGGGUAAGAUAUGUGCUUCCUCUAGACAUCUACUGGGUAAGAUAUGUGCUUCCUCUAGACAUCUACCGGGUAAGAUAUGUGCUUCCUCUAGACAUCUACCGGGUAAGAUAUGCAUUUCCUCUAGACAGCUACAGGGUAAGAUAUGUGCUUCCUCUAGACAUCUCCCGGGUAAGAUAUGCAUUUCCUCUAGGCAGCUACAGGGUAAGAUAUGUGCUUCCUCUUGACAUCUACCGGGUAAGAUAUGCAUUUCCUCUAGACAGCUACAGGGUAAGAUAUGUGCUUCCUCUUGACAUCUACCGGGUAAGAUAUGCAUUUCCUCUAGACAGCUACAGGAUAAGAUAUGUGCUUCCUCUUGACAUCUACCGGUUAAGAUAUGCAUUUCCUCUAGACAGCUACAGGGUAAGACAUGUGCUUCCUCUUGACAUCUACCAGGUAAGAUAUGCAUUUCCUCUAGACAGCUACAGGGUAAGAAAUGUACUUGUUUAGACACCUACCGGGCAAGGGAAUAAUUUGUGAAAAAUAUUAUUUUUUUCAUUGCAUCACAUUAUUGUGUGUCACCAAAUAAAUCUACAGCAUUUCCAUUUAGAAUACAUACGCUCCUGAAUAUAAAGCAUAUUUUGAAUGAAAUGUAUAAACAGGUACUCAGGACUCUCAGGUUAUGGUAUAAUGGUUUGCCAUGUGUGUGUUUGUUUGCUCAUUGACUGACAGGAAGAGCCAGGAAAGAACAUGAUCUCAUUGCCAUAUACCACUGCCACUGCAGUCAUGGGCAGUGAGGGGACGGUUUGGCUAGAA